GGUAUUAGGGCGGUUCGGCUAGCGAUUGAACUCUGAAGCCGGUCGGCUGAGGCAAAGCGGAAGUGCUGCACAAAAGAGUUCGGCCUGCUGACGGCGGGAGGAGGAGGAGGAGGGGGAGCGAGAGAAAGAGAAAUGGCGCCUCGGCACUGCGCUCACUGAGACAGCGCCGGGCGGAGAGACCGAAUCUGCUAGAGUCGAGCCGCAGGGGGGAAGGAGCCGAAAAAAACACCAUGGUGAACACCCGAAAGAGCUCCCAACACGAGCCGCCUAGCCCCUUCAUCUCGUCUAGGACCAGGUCGUCCGUCAAGAACAACCCGAACCCGGAGGAGCAGCACCAUAGAGAUCCAGGCAGCAAUGUCAGCUGCAGUAGCGUCCGCCUUUCGCCCCCUUCCAAACGGACCCGCAGGCACACCACCCCCAGCUCCAGUGAUACCUCUCCUGUUCCUCAGGCCAAAGGUCCGAGAGUCUCAUGGAACAUCCCACCCCAACGUACCAGGCUGUCUGUAGCUCUGCAGAAUGGACACGGGAACAUCUCCCGUAUGAACCUGAGGAGCGAGGAUGCAGAUGCCGGCGACCAUGCCCACAUGAACGGGCACGUGGAGCUGAAGAGGAGCUGUCGCUCCCGCAAGGGCCGAUUCGAGCAUGUCAAUCAAAGCCUGCUCUUCGAUCAGCUUGUCAACAGUACGGCCGAGGCAGUCCUGCAGGAAAUGGACAACAUCAGUAGCAUCCGGCAGAACCGGGAAGUGGAGCGUCUCCGCAUGUGGACGGACACAGAGUUUGAGAACAUGGACAUGUACUCGCGGGUGAAGAGGCGGCGGAAACCUCUUAGGAGGAACUCCUACUCGAUCCAGACGCAUCCCAAAGUGAUGAGCGAGGCAGAGGCUGAGGAGGAGGAAGUGACGGAAGAGUCGCAUGAGGAGGGUGAGGAGGACGACGAAGAUGUAGAAGAUGAUGACGACGACGAUGAAGGGGAUGAGGCAGAGGAGGCCGGAGAAGAGAAUGACAGGCGCUACAACCUGAGGCAACGGAAAACUGUGCAGCGAUAUGAAGCACCUCCUAUAGAACCUGUGAAUCGGAAACCGAGCAACAAUGCAUUGUUUGAUACGCAUAGAUCUCCAGCACGCAGAAGCCAUAUAAGAGUGAAGAAGCACGCCAUCCAUAGCAGCGAUACGACGUCGUCAUCCGAUGAGGAACGCUUUGAGCGCCGGAAAAGCAAGAGCAUGACGAGAGCACGUAACAGAUGCCUCCCCAUGAACCUGCGGGCCGAGGACCUGGCGGGUGGCUUGCUUCGAGAUCGGGUCAAAGUCGGUGCCAGUCUGGCAGACAUAGACCCCAUGAAUCUGGACACCUCUGUGCGGUUCGACAGCAUCGGCGGCCUCAGGAAUCACCUUCAGGCCCUCAAAGAGAUGGUGGUCUUCCCUUUGCUUUAUCCGGAAGUCUUUGAGAAGUUCAAAAUCCAACCACCCAGAGGUUGCUUGUUCUAUGGGCCGCCGGGCACAGGGAAGACGCUGGUGGCCCGGGCUCUGGCCAACGAGUGUAGCCAAGGCGACCGCAAGGUGGCCUUCUUCAUGAGGAAGGGAGCGGACUGUCUCAGCAAGUGGGUGGGCGAGUCGGAGCGCCAGCUCCGCCUCCUGUUCGACCAGGCAUAUCUGAUGAGACCCUCCAUCAUUUUCUUCGAUGAGAUCGAUGGCCUGGCUCCCGUCCGCUCCAGCAGACAGGAUCAGAUCCACAGCUCUAUAGUGUCCACUCUUUUGGCCUUGAUGGAUGGCCUGGACAACCGGGGGGAGAUAGUGGUCAUCGGUGCUACUAACAGAAUUGACUCUAUUGACCCUGCACUCAGGAGACCUGGUCGCUUCGACCGGGAAUUUCUUUUCAGCCUGCCUGAUAAAAAGGCUCGGAAGCACAUUCUGGACAUUCACACGCGGGACUGGAAUCCUCGGCUGGCGGGAUCUUUUGUUGAGGAGCUGGCCGAGAAAUGUGUCGGCUACUGUGGGGCCGACAUCAAAGCACUUUGCACAGAAGCAGCGCUGGUUGCGCUCCGACGCCGUUACCCUCAGAUCUACAGCAGCAGCCAGAAGUUCCAGUUGAACGUGGACUCCAUCGUCCUGGGCCCGCAGGACUUUCAGUGCGCCAUGCGCAGCAUCGUGCCGGCUUCCCAGCGUGCCCUGCUGAGCCCUGGGCGGGCGCUCCCCGGCGUGGUGCGCCCCCUGCUGCAGAGCACGUUGUCGGAGGUGCUGGCCUGCUUGCUUAGAGUCUUCCCCCACGCAGAAACCUCCCUCAGGGACGACAUAGGCGACGGUGACAAUCAGCUGCUAGAGGAGGACUCUUACGGUGACUAUGAUGACCUCGACGAUGGUGCUCCUUCGAUUUUCGAUGUUCAUUCAGGAUCUCCAAAGAAACAAGCGCCUCAAGCUGCGCACAGACCGUUCCUGCGUUUUACUGAGUUAGCCUAUCAGCAGCCACUGUCAUGCCGGCCUCGCUUGCUCCUGGCGGGGGAUCGGGGCUCGGGACAGACCACGCACCUCGCCCCCGCUGUCCUGCACCACCUAGAGCGGUUUUCGGUGCAGCGGCUCGACCUGUCCACUAUGUACUCCGUCAGCGUCAGGAGCCCUGAGGAGUGCUGCACACAGGUGUUCCGGGAGGCUCGUCGCUGUCUCCCCAGCGUGGUCUACAUCCCCCACAUAAGUGAGUGGUGGGAUGCCAUAGGAGACACGGUGAGGAGCACCUUCCUCAGCCUGCUGCGGGACGUGCCGUCGUUCUGCCCCCUUCUCGUGCUGGCUACCGCUGAGACGGCCUUCCAGCACCUUCCGGACGAGUUGAAGCGCCUCUUCACCAUGCAGUACGGGGAGGUGGUACACCUGCGCCGGCCGACCGAGGACGACCGCAGGAUGUUCUUCCAAGACCUGAUCCUGGUCCAGGCGGCUCAGGCGCCGAGCUGCAACAGAAGAGCGGUCCACCGCGCCCUGGAGAUCCUGCCGCCGGUCGAGGACCAGGGCCCUAGGCAGCUCUCUCCGGAGGAGCAGCGCCGCCUGGCGGAGCAGGAGGAAAACACUCUGCGGGAGCUGCGGCUGUUUCUCAGGGACGUCACCAAGCGCCUGGCUACCGACAAGCGCUUCAGCAUCUUCAGUAAGCCUGUGGACAUCGAGGAGGUGUCUGACUACCUGGAGGUCAUCACACAACCCAUGGAUCUGUCGACCAUCAUGACCAAAAUAGACACACACCGCUAUCUCACAGUGAAGGAUUUCCUCACUGACAUCGACCUCAUCUGCAGCAAUGCCCUGGAGUACAACCCAGAUAAGGAUCCUGGAGAUAAAAUCAUCCGGCACCGGGCCUGUAGUCUGAAGGACACGGCACAUGCCAUCUUCGCCUCAGAGCUGGACCCCGAAUUCAACCGAAUGUGUGAGGAGAUCAAGGAGUCAAGGAAAAAGAGGGGCUCUCUGUCCGAGCUGCAGCAGCCUGUCCCUCUGCUGGCCCAGGCGACAAAGACGACAGCCGGAGGAGAGGAGCCCACUGGGACUACGGCCCAGGCCGAAACAGCAGAGAACACCCCCGCCAGGUGCAUCAAUCAGAUCAAGCGCAAGGCGAAGAGGAGGCCCUCGUGGGGGAGGGGAAUCAUCCGCAAGAAGAGGACCUACCUGAAAAAGGAGGAGGUCGAAGGGGAGGAGCCCGAGGAAGGGCUUGAGUCUGGUGGUGGACUGGAGGCCGAUGAUGUGCCCGAUGAGUCGAACACAGCCGGACCAAGCGAUUCCUGUCUGACCCAGGACGAAGAUUCAUGCGAUACGACGGACGCCACACAAGGCGGGCCUCAGCCCAAUGGGUAUGCACUGUCAACUGAAGAGGAGAGCUCUAACGAGCCACCCGUGGGUCUCCUGGGCCCCCAGUCUGAAGCAGAGCAAGCAUCUCUGCCUGGCAGGCCUCAGGAGUGCAUGAACGGGGACGAGUCACUGGACAGCUUGGACAGCGAGGCCAACAAGAGGAGCUCCGAGGGAGGUGGGGAGGAGGCAGCUGAGGAUGGCGAAAGUGCCGGGGAGCCCAAGAGCUCAGCACAGGAAGCCAGUGACGGUGAUCUCGACAAGGAAGGUGCGUCCACAGCAAAGAAAUGUAAAAGAACCUCUCUGGAGCAGCAGAAGGCUGCACAAGUGGAGGAGACGCCGGAGGAUUCUCCUCCACCACCACCCCCCCUAGUGGUCGAUCACCAGCGGUUGGCGAACCUUCUGGAAAAGGUGAUCCAAAAGUCUGAGGGGUACACGGUGGACCAGCUGGAGAGGCUGUACUCCGUGCUCAGCCAGUGCAUCUACCAGCAUCGUGGAGACUAUGACAAGACCCUGUUGACGGAGGAGAUGGAGAGGAGGGUUGAACAUUUCCAAACAUUCCUCUGAGGGACACCAGCCUUUUUUGAGCCAUUUUCCUUCUCUUCAAAGCCAAGCAAGUUUGUGGUCUUGGUCUUAAUGGAAAAAAAGGAGGAAAAAAGGGACACUUGUAUCGGUGACUUUGGUGCUAUCAUCUCAGGUACCUGGACAGGACCAGUCUACAGAACCAAACACAAACUCAUUAAGGUUUUCUUUAUGUCAAUGAGAUGCACACACCAAUGCUGUCUGUGCCUGGUGCUAUCAUAUCCAUUUGCUGCUUGGUUUUCUUUAGACAAAUGGGGUGAUUUAUUUUAUUUUUUUGUAACAGUAAUGGGGCUUUAAUUGGGGGUGGGGGGUCUUCAGAGCCCCCGGUAUCACACCAGCAGUAACCUUGCAGUGUGACUGAGAUUUUGACUGUCCUCAAAGCCACGACUCUCUCUUUCCUCAAACACACUUCAACUGGAAUCGCUAAAUAUGUUUUCUCAAGUACUCUGACAACUGUUGCCAAAACAAAAUUUGUUCAACCUAAUUAGCACGUGGAUGGCUUUUGAUUUUUCUUUCCUUUUUUUGAUUUUGCCACCACCCUCACUGGGUGAGCAUUUUACCCACGUUCCUCCCUCCAAAAACACCUGAAACUUCACACCGUCCGUGUUGAAAUUCUAAGUUUAGAAAGUCGAAAAGGCACUUGCUAAACGUCUGCUAGUUUAUACUAAUUCUAAUAUACAUCUUGUGUCUUAAUACUCACAAACCAAAAAUAAUCUGGCAUCAAUAAAUUACAUGGAGCUGGAGGAGUUUGCUAGCAUUUGCAGUCGUAACAUUGGCUGGUCAGAAGCCUCCUCCCUGAGUUCGCUGUGUGACUCUACCUUUAGUAAAUGUCGCACGUGCUCGUAAUAUUCUCUUCUCACUCUUAGCUGGAAUAACCGGAUUCACUUCAAUUUAAUGUCUCGUUAGCACUGCCUAGCAUGUGCCUUAUAUACCCAAUCAUAUUAAGAUGUUCGGUGACAAUGUAUUGUAUAGGGGUUUAUGUAUGAGUCUUGCAUCCACACUAUUAAACAAAAAAAUAAAAGGAUAAAAAUUACAUUAUACAUCUCACCCGUUUUAUUUGAAAGCAAUACAGGAUGUAGGCGUUCACAGCAACUUCAGCAUUAUUUCUGUCCGUCCGCAUGUUACAUAGUUGUAUAUGAAAGGGUCUGUGCCAAUCUUUCGUGGGUUUUCUUUGAAUUGUCAGUGUCCCUUUCAGAAGUGUCGUUCUCGUCACCUUGCAGGAAAUAUCUGGAGUUCUAUACCACAUUGAUUCUUUUCAUUUCCCCAUGUACACUUUUUAUUUGCAAUUUUUUGUACAUUCGUUUUAACAUCUUUCAUUUCCCAAACAAAGAACAAGGUCAUUCCAGGCAGUGCUGAUUGCUUUUCAGAUAAAGAACAUUGUUUUGUUCAUUUUAUGUUGAACUUUAUUCCUCCAAUCCUGAAAAUAGGGAGUUUUGGAUGUUGGGCUCAAAUUACUGCUGAUGUUCACAUGAUAUGGAUAAAUAUAUUUUUGUUUACAAAACAGAGAAAAAAAAUUCUUAGGGUGCUGAAUUUUGUCGGGCCGCUUCAGGUCUCGCUUCUGGAAGCUUAGCUGUGGAAUGUCCACUGUUAAUUAGCCCGUUCGUAUAAGUGCUGGUAAUAGCUGAAAUCUCCCAGGACCAGUGCCAUGCCAGACCCCUUUCGGGUCGAUAUAGGUGUGAAGCUUUUCAGACAUAUGCAAUAGAAGCAUUUCAAGACGAUGGUUUGGACGACAGAGGGAUUAACGUGAAAACGCAGCUACCUCAGCUUAAUUUAUUUAACGUUGAUAAAGGACAAGUCGUCCAUGGGGUACAAACAGUGUUUGUUAGGAUUAGAAUUUCAUAGCGACACCUGCAGACCCAAACGUUAAGGUACUGGAUCAGUAGAUGCAACCCUGUGGCCGCUGCAGUUAUCAGCGGUUUUUCUUUCCUUUGUUUUUAUUUUGCGUUUGAGCCAAGUUGAAGAAUCGCAACUUUAAAUUGAAACGUCGUUUACUGUUUGUUAGUGUUUUCGGAUGGAUGCCCCUCAAUUGCUUCUGUUGUUUGAUAGCGCUAUACUUGCAUACGGCUUGUGUUUCUGUCCAUAUUCCCCUCUUUGGUUAUGCCUUGCUGGUGGACUUUCGGGAUUUUAUUUCCCAUGGGUGUAUAUUUCUUAUUUAUUAAUGUAAUUAUUGAACAUGAACUCUGCGGUGUGAUAUUCAUUGAAGAGUCUUGUAUAUGAAUUGAAAUUGGAAAAGUUGUUACUCGAGUUUUUACAUUUUUGCCGAUCGCAGUGUAGCAUAAUAGCGUGUAGCAAGGUUUGUGUGGAAAAGGGGGUUUACAGGUUCUCAGGUUCUUCAUGUAUUAAUCUUUCAGUUUGUAUGUGUUCCACUUGUGAAACUGGUUUCAUCCCCCUCCCCACUGUUGGAUUUUUAGUGGUGAGACUGUGAUAUACUGGAUGGUGCCUAAGGGAUUUUCUGGUCAGGUAUGCAGGAUUUGUGAAAAGUGCUUCAUUUUUAUUCCCUCUCCUUUCAGUGCUCAGUAAUAUUCAGUAGCUGUCGUGAUAGACUGCUGAUCCAGAAUUCCUGUCUGUUGGGACAGGAGAUCGUAGGUUUGCACUUGAAACCUGUACAAUCCACCACCAUUGCUCUCCAUCACUGCAUUGUUUUACGUGUCUUUUAUUUUUCCCCUUUCAUUGUGCAGAAACUUUAUCAAACCUCAAAAAAAAAAAAAACAGCUUGAUGGAUGAGUCCCGCGUCAGCUUGCUAGAUUAUCACAUCUCCGAAUGUUUCAUGUUCCUUUAAACCUUCCCUCCAUCACUGCAUUUGUAUUAGUCACACAUCCACUUUGUUUUCCCGGAGCAUGCAGAAUAUGGUGCGACCCACCGGCCACGAUCUCCCGCAGUAUUCACAGCACCCUUAAAAUGUCAGCCGUCAGAAUGCCAUCGUUUGCCCCAAAGCACAAUAUCUGGAUUAUCUUACCAUGAUUUUGUCUGUGGUUAAACAACCCCCCCCCCCUUUACUUUCACUUUCUGUUGGUGAUGUGAGAUCCUGAAUCCAGGCUCCUUGCAUUACAGCUUCAUAAAGUUUUUAAAAUAUGUUAUCUUUUUUUUUAUAACUGUUUAGGUUUUAUAGCUUUUGCUGUUCUGUUCUUUGCUCUACCUUUGUUAUAUCGUGUAUUUAACACCCUUUUUGAUCUUUGUGUUACUUUAGUGUAAGUUAUAUUUGAACUGAAGCAUUACUGUAAUUUCUGAAAGAAAUUUUUAAAAACUGCUGUGACAUACUUGAAUAAAGGUGCAAAUUGUA